GAAAACACCACCCAGUUUAAAGAGAGACCAAAAGAAAAUAUAUAACAUAGAACCGAAAUCAAUUAACCAACUACCGAACCGAGCCGAACAACCCAAACAAACCGGACUCCAGGCCUAAGGGAAAAGUGUUUUUAAGUUAAAAAGAAAACUGAAUCCAGAAUUAACCAGAGGCGGAGGAGGUGGUGAAGUUAUGGCAGAGGAUCAGCUUCCGGAGACGUUGAAACCCUUCUUCCACAGAGCCACCGAAGCUCAGGAGAGAUUGGCUAGGCUUGAAGCUGCUCUUGCCUCCACCAAGACAGACGUUCAAGAUGCAGAACUUGUGGAAAAGAUCAACCAAAUCCAGUCCAAACUCGAAGAAGCUAAUGAGACGGUGAAGCAAGAAAAGGAGAAGGUGGAGAAACUGACCUCUGAGACCGAGAAGCAAAAGUACCGUAUACUGCAUCUUGUGCGUGCAUUGAGGGAUGCUGAUGAGAAGCUUGAGAAGCUCUCAAAAUGAUUUGAUUCUUUGUCUUUAAUUGUAAUGUGUUUCUGAAAACAUCUUUACCAAGGUACUCAUGAUUGAAUGGUAUAAAAAGUUAUCGGUUUGGAAAAUAAACUUUGGGUCUAUCUUGCCAUGUUUUCUCUUGAUGUGAGUGUCAUAAGAAGCUCUGCAAGUUGCAGCUAAGCAAUGUCUGUUGAUGAACAUAGUUUAGUCCAAAUUUGAAGUAAGGUUUUGCUAUUUUUCUUCUUAAGUAAUUAUGAAAAACACUAAUGCCAACCA